AUGGAGCGCUCGCAGAGCCGCCUCAGCCUGUCCGCCUCCUUCGAGGCGCUCGCCAUCUACUUCCCGUGUAUGAACUCCUUCGACGAUGAGGACGCGGGGGACAGCCGGAGGCUGAAGGGGGCCAUUCAGAGGAGCACGGAGACAGGCCUGGCAGUGGAGAUGCCCAGCCGGACGCUGCGCCAGACCAGCCAUGAGUCCAUCGAGGACAGCAUGAACAGCUACGGCUCGGAGGGCAACCUUAACUACGGGGGCGUCUGCCUGGCAUCAGAUGCACAGUUCAGUGACUUCCUGGGCAGCAUGGGGCCAGCGCAGUUUGUGGGCCGCCAGACCCUGGCCACCACACCGAUGGGGGACGUGGAGAUUGGAUUGCAGGAGCGGAACGGUCAGCUGGAAGUGGACAUCAUCCAGGCGCGGGGACUGACGGCCAAGCCAGGCUCCAAGACACUGCCAGCGGCCUAUAUCAAGGCCUACCUGCUGGAGAAUGGCGUCUGCAUUGCCAAGAAGAAGACCAAAGUCGCUCGCAAGUCAUUGGACCCGCUGUAUAACCAGGUGCUGCUGUUCCCUGAGAGUCCCCAGGGCAAAGUCCUGCAGGUGAUCGUGUGGGGGAACUAUGGACGGAUGGAGCGGAAGCAGUUCAUGGGCGUGGCCCGCGUGCUGCUGGAGGAGCUGGACUUGACCACCCUGGCCGUGGGCUGGUACAAGCUCUUCCCCACCUCCUCCAUGGUGGACCCGGCCACGGGGCCCCUGCUCCGGCAAGCAUCCCAGCUGUCCCUCGAGAGCACCGUGGGGCCCUGCAGCGAGCAGUCUUAG